GCACGAGGCAGUCAUUACAAGACUACAGUAGCGUAGAGGCAAUUGUUUUUAUUGCUCUUACUCUGAAUCCGAAUAGAGUACAUCAUAGCACGACCCAGUUAUAAUAUUACAGUACAGUAGUAGAGGCAGGUGAGCAUGAACGUUCCACUUGUAAUCACGGUGAUGCUGGUGAUGACGUUCAGGGUCCACCACUGUCAACUUACUGACCUCCAAAAAUGGUUGACGAAUCUGCUAAACCCAUCAUCAUCAUCAUCAUCGUCGUCAUCGUCGUCGACAAAAAACACAUCCUGUCCACACGGCUGCAGCUGCACCCGCAUGACCCUCGGUACGCUCGUCGACAACUACAUCGACCUCGUCGUCCCACAGCUCGGAGGACACAUCAGACCUAAUAUAUCUGCCGAAGCCAAAGAGCUGCUGACGAGGAACUUCAUCGCGGCUUUGCUUGUCAACUACACGUACCUGACGGAGAUAAAGUGUCGAAGAAACGAAACCUUUUCAUUACAGAGAAUUCUAGAAGAAAGUCCCACACGAGGGAUGGCGCUAGACUUAACAUGUGCGGAUAAUGCCACCCUUGUCUGGGACAGCACUGGUCCACCACCACCUACCUACAGUAUCAAGAUCAGCAACUGUUUCAUCAGGGCGGCAUCGCCAAUCAAAAUACCCAGCACUACGUGGAUUGUUAAUUUUGACAGGAUUAAUGCGUCUGCAGCAAACAAAAUGGACUUUUCUGCAGCAUGGAUGUUGAUCGCUUUGUCUGUAACAAACAGUUCUAUAACCCAUGUUCCAGAGAUUUGGAGACGGUAUUAUAUUCCAAAACUGGUAUUCAUAAAUCUAGAGGGUAACUCACUGACUGACUAUAACUGUUCUAUUAAGAUACUGCCAAUGGUAGACACCAUAAACCUAAACAAUAAUGCUUUAACACGCAUUCCUCACUGUAUUGCAAAUGACAAAGAUCUUAACCUCUCUCAUUUAUCUCUAGCUGGUAACGCCAUUGACAAUAUAUCUGAGUUAUUUCAAGACGAAACUAAUCAUUCCAUGAAGGUAAAGUUUCUGAAUUUUCACAAUAACAAAAUAACCGAGCUUGGUGUCUUUCACAAAUCGAUGAUUUCAUCUUUAGAUUUAAGCUGGAAUAACAUCAAAACAUUACACGAAGGGGUAUUCGAUAAUCUACAGUUGCUAAAGUGGAUAGACCUUUCUCACAAUCAUAUAUCCUAUUUGAGUCGAGGACCAUUCAAGCAGCAAUAUUUCUUACAGCAUAUAAACUUGAGCCAUAACCAGCUGACGGAAGUGACCUUUGACCAAGGCCCUGUGAGCAUCCACAUCGUCGAUAUGGAUCUGACUUACAAUCGACUCCCGUACCCACCUUUUUACGACACCGGGUACAUCAGUCCGCGUCUUACCAAGAUCACCAUAGCAAAUAACCCAUUUGUGUGCGACUGCAAUAUGGACUCUUUUUACCAGUUCAUGACAGAAUUAAACAGAACUGCGUAUCUCAAUUUUGUUGCUCUGACAGAUGUACUUGGUAGUUAUGAAAUGGAUAAUAGCUUGGUUCAGCCCUAUACUGAUAUCGACAGUGCAAAGUGCUAUGAGCCACGUAGAGAACGAUCAACCCUAGUCCUCAGUAUGAACAUGACUGUGAAAUGUCCAGUGGUUGUCGGAUGCCCGCAAAGUUGCACGUGUUAUAAUAACAAAAGAAAUCAUCAACUUAUUGGAAAUUGUAGUUAUACAUACAUGGAUAGUCUGCCGUUGAAUUUUCCAUCAGGAGAAAAAAUGAGUUUUUUCGUGAGUAUUUUUAAUAAUAGUGCUGGACUAAAAACUUUUGAUUACAGGAGUUAUCUACCUUCCAUCAGUGAGUUAUACGCUACGAAUGCAUCCAUUGAGAGAAUAACAGCAGCGGCUGUUACAGCCAUGCAGAACAUACGCGUUCUUCACCUGCAUGCAAAUCUUCUGUCAGAACUGCCACCAGUCAUAAGAAAUAUCACAUUUAAAAAUCUACAGUCCUUGACACUGCACGGAAAUCCCUGGCAAUGCAACUGCAAUACGUCGUGGUUUCCAAAAUGGGUACGAGACAACAAACAAGUAAUAGAGUCUUACGACGAAGUCACAUGCACAAUGGCAACAGGCAUUUCAAAAUCCAUUGAUGCCAUUUCAUCAGCUGAUUUUGACUGCGACGAAGAGAGUUAUCUGCCUUUGGUCAUUGGGUUUUCAAUUUUGAUCGUCGUGACGACUCUUUCAGCCGGCAUCGUCUACAAAUAUCGUCUGGAAGUCCGUGUCUUGCUGUACACCAGAUUUAACUGGCGACCUUUCGACAACUUCAGACUCAAGGACGAGGAGAAACAGUUUGACGCUUUUGUCUCGUACAGCGAGAAGGAUUACCAGUGGGUGGUGCACACUCUGGUCAAUGAGCUGGAAGCGCCGAAACUUCACCGAAAGCUCUGCGUCCACUACAGAGACUUUCCAGUGGGCGCGCCUGUUGUCGAGAACAUCCUGUGGGCGAUCGGCAGCAGCAGGUGCACCCUUCUGCUGCUGACCAAUGACUUCCUGCAGAGCGAGUGGUGCAUGUAUGAGUUCCGAGAGGCUCACAGGAGUCUGCUGGAGUCCAAGGACAACAAGCUGAUCAUCGUUCUGAAAGGAGAUGUCGACAGGAGAGAGGUGGAUGAGGAUCUCAGGGCCUAUCUGAGGACACACACCUACCUGGACGUCCGGGACAAGUGGUUCUGGUCGAAACUCGAUUACGUUCUUCCAGCAGGACCCAUCAAAGAGGACGUUGAACAGAGGGUUUAGGUGUCGAAUUUUCCAUUACAUUACUUCCACAAAAAGCCAUCAAAGAAGACAUUGAACAGAGGGUUUAGGUUUCGAAUUUUCCAUUACAUUACAUCCACAAAAAGCCAUCAAAGAAGACGUUGAACAGAUGAUUUACGUAUCAACUCUUCCAUUACAUUACAUCCACAAAAACUGUCAAAGAGUACGUUGAACAGAGGGUUUAGAUCUCGACUCUACCAUUCCAUUACAUCCACACAAACUCCUACAGAUGCGCACAUUUUACAGAAGUAAAAUAAAUCAGUGUAUUUGGUAUGUAUCCGUUUCCACGUACAUGCUCACUUUUCGCGAACACCUGAUAUCAUCACUGUUUUUACAAUGAUUCAUGAGUGCAUGCCACCACAGCUGUAUAUAUUCCAUUCAGCUCUAUCCUGUGUAAGAUUGGGUUUUCUAAGCUAGUCUGAGAGUGGCAGUCCUCCUAUGGGCGACGCAGCAGUGAUGAAACAUCCAGGUACGGAUCUCCUAAGGGAGUGGGGAUUCUCCUAACGGCGAGCAUCUAAUAGUGGAUCAUGGAAGCAAUCACGACUUUGCCUAAUGUUCUUUCAACUCUGCUUGUACAGAGAUACGAUUUUAAUAUGCGAAUACGGUUUUGUCGUUCAGAUUUAAUUCGUUCUCAAAGGACUCGAGAUUUUCGCAUCCUACCCAGUCCCACGACUGGUAUAUCAAAGGACAUUAUAUGCCCAGGGAAUGUCGCGAUUCACUGCAAUUCCUAUAUCCAUGAUGGUAUAUUCCUAGGAUCUAAAACCCAACCACUAGCCAUGCCAGAGAUUUGAUUUGGGGUGGACGUCCCUGAACCUAGAAAGGAUAUAGGCACGUAAAUACAGUUUAGGUCCACGUUUAUUCUUAGGGGACAUUGUGUCCAGUAUGGCGUCGCGAUCCGCUACGCACGUUUGAGACAUCGCUGUACACGAUACUAAAAAAGUAAAUGAUAAUUACUAAUGAAAUUGUUGUUAAUAAAAAUUUUGAAACCAAA